AUGGCUGAUGCCAAUCGCGUCGUCGUGCCCGCGACUUACACCAACCCGCCUGACAGUCAUGUCCGCGUAACCAACUAUCCAGAGACGGCUGCCGGCGUCACACCGAUCCUGGUGGCGACGCUAAAUCGCCCCGACAAGCUCAAUGCAAUCACUUCAGGGAUGAUCCAAGACCUGAUCGGGUUAUUUCGCGCCGUAGACGUCGACGACCGUGUCAAGGUUGUUGUCCUUACCGGCGCGGGCAAGGCGUUCAGCGCCGGCAUUGAUCUCACAAUGGACACGAGCCAGAUGAAGAACCAGGAGGCCGUGGGCGAAAUGCGCGACCCAGGAGGCACGCUUGCGCUGGCCAUGUUCAAUUGCAGCAAGCCCAUCAUCGUGGCCUACAAUGGGCUCUCGGUGGGCAUCGGCAUGACGUCCACUCUUGCGGCAACGAUCCGAAUCGCACCUCGAACUGCAGAGUUUGGCUUUCCCUUCUCGCGAAUCGGUCUGACCAUGGAGUCGGCGAGCUCCUUCUUCCUACCACGCAUGGUCGGGUACAGCAACGCAACAUACCUCCUCGCGACCGGCAAGAGGUAUCCCGCCGACUCGCCCGUAUUGAACGGCAUUUUCGCGGAGCUGUUGCCCGAGCCGAAGGACGUCCUUCCGCGAGCCCUCGAGCUGGCUCAGGAUCUCACCACCAAUGUGAGCCUCAUGGCCGUCUUUCUCAAUAGACAGCUCAUUUGGAGGAACCCCGGGUCGGCGGAACGCGCGCACCUGGUGGACAGUCCUCUUCUGUAUGACAUGUUUGGCGGAAACGACCACCUGGCGUUCAAGAAAGCGUUCUUUGGAAAGCGUAAGCCGGAGUUCAAAGACACUGUUGUGGCUAACGCGCCCCGGACGUUCCCCUGGUGGGAUGAACUGUCUGUACAGACCCGACCCAGGGCAGACAAUGGAGGGCCCAGCAAGCUGUAG